AUGAACGGUUUUCUCAAACAAUUCAAUAAAAAACACAACAGUGCAAAUAAUGAGACUGUAGUAUUAUCAACAAAUUCUGCCAGUACUAAUACCACACAUGUUUUAUCACAAGAUCAAAACUCAAAUAAUAAUUUAAUACCAUCAUUAGAUAGGAGCUUAUCAGAUAAUUCGACCCAAUCUGCUAAUAUGCCACGGUCCGUACCAACGAAUAUUGAAUCACCUUCUUCUCCUUCAAAAGGGUCAUCAUUUAAAAACUGGUUUGCUGAGUUAUCUCCAAGUCACCAUCAUCAUAAUCAUCAUAAUCAUCAACAACGCCAUCAACAUUCUACUUCAAAUGGUAGCAUAGAAAAUAAGAAUCAUCCUACAACACAUUUUACCUAUAGUAAGAGUGGUAUUAACAAUAUUAAUAGCAAUAGUACGAUGGUAGGGAUAACAACUAAUAGUAAGAAAGUAUUUGAUACGUCUUUGGUAGCAUCAACGGAAGUUGUCAAAUGCGAAAUUGUGAUGUCAAAUGAAUUAAACGAAAUAUUUUUUGGUUAUGUACCUGUUGUAAUCGCUAAAUGUGGUUCAAUAAUUAAAAAAUAUGGACUUAACACACCUGGCAUCUUUAGAAAAUCUGGUAAUAAGAAGAAAAUUGAUUAUUUAAUAAAUCAUUACUUUGCCCAUGAACCAUUUUAUGGUUUAGAUUUUAACUAUGAGGGCCCAACUGGUCAGAAUCAAGAAUAUAGUAUACAUGAAUUUGCGUCACUUUUCAAGACAUAUCUUAAUAGACUUACAGAACCUGUUAUCCCAUAUGAAAAUUUUGAUUCCUUCAUUAAUUGUAUGAAACAAUACCGUGAAAUGAUAAAUUAUUAUGAUAAUGUUACAAAUCCUGAAAUUGUAGAUAAGACUACAAUACAAUAUGGGAAUGAGAAUCAAUCUAAGGAUAUUAAAGAAUUACUACAGAAAUAUCAUAUAUUAAUUCAUACAUUACCUGAAGCCAAUAGAGAAUUAUUAAUUUAUGUUCUUGACUUAUUGGGUAUGAUUCAAAAACAUUCUUCAAUAAAUUUAAUGACAUGUGAAAAUAUAUCGAUCGUUUUCCAACCUUCAUUAUUAUCUCAUUUAGAAUUUUCAACAGAUUUACAACCAAAUAGACUAGCCAGAUAUACUCUACAUUUUCUGGUAGAGAAUUUUGAUACUCUUGCUAAUAGUUACCUUGGUGCGACACCAUCACUAUCAUCAUCAUGA